AGAUGAUGAAAAUACGGAGCAUACACCACAAUAAUACUAUGUAGUUUUUUAGUUACUUAAAUUUUAUUUUAUGUCUUUUAUAUAUAUAUUCACCGGUUUCGUAUAGAGAACAAAUCACAGUAAGCUAGGCUUCUACAGGAGUGGUGGAAACUUGAAAGUUGUCAUUCAUGGCGAUUGAGGCAUGGUUCAUGGACGAUAGCAACGAAGAUCCAAGGCUUCCUCACCAUGGCAACCCUAAUGAAUUUGUUUCCAUCGACCAAUUAGCAGAAUUGGGGCUCUUAUACUGGAAGCUGAAUCCAAAUGAUUAUGAGAACGAUGAAGAGUUGAGGAAGAUUAGAGAAGCUAGGGGAUACAAUUACAUGGAUCUGCUUGAUUUAUGCCCAGAGAAAGUGGAAAAUUAUGAAGAGAAGUUGAAGAACUUCUAUACUGAGCACAUUCACCAGGAUGAAGAGAUUCGUUAUUGUUUGGAAGGAAGUGGUUACUUUGAUGUGCGAGACAAGGAUGAUCGCUGGAUUCGCAUUUGGAUCAAGGCAGGUGAUCUUAUCAUUUUACCUGCUGGAAUCUACCAUCGGUUCACUCUUGACACAAGUAAUUAUGUGAAGUUAAUGAGGCUGUUUAUGGGCGAGCCAGUGUGGACAGCAUAUAACCGACCACAGGAAGAUCACCCUGCUAGACAGGAAUAUAUUAAGACCUUGACUGAUAAAAUUGGAGUGCCGCUUGCAGCUCAUUAGGACCCUUAAAAUAUAAAAGUACAUCUUUUCAUAGAUGUUACAAGUUAAGGUUUGUGAUAGAAAAUGUUGGUAUAUUAUGUAUAAUAGUUUUACCCAAUAGAAGCCCUGUCUAUGAAACCUAAAACAGACCAAGCAUGAGAUGAAGCUGUCUUAAAUAAGUUUAAAAGCAUAUACUAUCUGUAUACUUAUUACUAGUUUUUGUCUAUGUGAAACUCCUAUUAUGUCAGGAUUUGGAUCCUCUCCUCGAAAAAGUGGUUAUAAUUAUAUGUUUAUAUUAUGGGUAAA